AUGAAACUAGUGGCCGGAUGAUAGGUGCAACGGAUUAUUUAUAUAUCACUCGAAAGCAAAUAUGCAAUGAAUCCUUGCUUAUAACUAACAAUAAAAACUUAACGGUCAAUUAAUUAAUGUCUAUGAAACCAGAAAAGACGGGUUCUCCGGCGAGUGUAGAUAAGGCGGAGGACUAUUAUCCGGUGGUGGUGGCGCUCUUGAGGCUGCUGCUGUUUGUCUCGUUGGCGGUGGCGGUAAUGGUCAUGGUGAGUAGCAAGCAAACUUACGUUGUUGUGCCCUUCCAGGCAACCCUUGCGGCAAAGUUCAGCUACUCCCCAGCUUUCAUAUACUUUGUAGCAGCUCUAUCUGUGGCUGGCUUCUACAGCAUCAUCUCCACUGUACUUUCAUUCUAUAACCUUAUUGUUAAGCCUGCUUCCUGCCCAAUGCUAAUGUCCCGUUUUGUUAUCCUGGAUGUGGUAAGCUAAGCUCUAAAGAUCUUCUCUCUUUUUCAAUAACAAUAAUAAUGAAAACACAUAUCAAUUGAUCAAUGAACUACUUUCAAAGCUGAUGCUGGGGAUAGUGGCUUCAGCAACAGGAACGGCAGGGGGAGUGGCCUACUUGGGUUUAAACGGAAACUCUCAUGUUGGAUGGAUGAAAGUCUGCAACAUUUUCGACGUCUACUGCACACACAUUGGGACAUCUGUGGCCGUCUCCUUGUUCGCUUCUGUCAUACUGGUCAUCCUCAUCAACCUGUCCAUCCACUCCCUCUCCAAGAAAAUCCCCAAGUAGCUAAAUAUCAUUUCAUUCCAUCUGUCAAAUGUGUUAUAAACCCAACCUGUGUUUGAAUCACUUUCAUGUGGAAGCAUUUAUUCUACAAUUGCAUUGUACCACAAUAUUGUAUAGAUCAAUUGAGUCAUGUGUUUGUACAGAAGGCCUGUCAUGAACAUUCAAGUGUUUUCAAGUUUCAG